AUGUCCUAUCUUCGGAAAGGGGUUAUCUUUGGUAUCCUUGUCGGAGACUCGAAUUCCGGAGGGGUUCGACGCGGUAAACACGGAGCUCUUUCGGGGGCGACUAGACGGUCCUUGCAUAACGGGGCCAUUAUCCCACAGCAGCUCGACAAAUUCAUCAUGCCUUCAGUAAGCAAGCAAGCAAGAUCCCCAGGGACAGCUCGAAUUUCGUGCGUCGUGAUUGGGGGCGGAAUCAACGGCCUCUGCACCGCCCAGACGCUCGCCACGCGCCACGCCGGCACGACCCCCAAGGUGCUAGUGAUGGAGGUGAGGGAUCGGGUUGGGGGCAACGUCACCACCGUCGAGAGGGAUGGCUAUUUAUGGGAGGAGGGGCCUAAUAGCUUCCAGCCCUCGGAUCCAGUCCUCUCCAUGGCGGUUGACAGUGGCUUGAAGGAUGAGCUCGUGUUCGGCGAUCCCGAUGCCCCUCGUUUUGUUCUUUGGAAGGGAAAGCUCAGACCCGUGCCCUCAAAACCAGCUGACCUGCCCUUCUUUGACCUGAUGAGCAUCGGUGGUAAACUGAGGGCUGGGUUUGGCGCCAUCGGCAUUCGACCCCCUCCACCAGGGCGUGAGGAAUCGGUCGAAGAGUUUGUUCGGCGUAAUCUCGGGGAUGAGGUUUUUGAACGUUUGAUAGAACCAUUUUGUUCAGGUGUCUAUGCUGGUGACCCUGCAAAGCUUAGUAUGAAAGCAGCUUUUGGAAGAGUUUGGAAGCUUGAGCAGAAUGGUGGAAGCAUAAUAGGUGGAACUUUCAAGGCGAUUCAGGAGAGGAACAAAAGUCCAAAACCACCUCGAGAUCCGAAUUUACCAAAACCAAAGGGACAAACUGUUGGGUCUUUCAGGAAAGGGCUUGCUAUGCUACCUGAUGCAAUUUCUUUGAGAUUGGGAAGCAAAGUUAAGCUGUCAUGGAAGCUUAUCAGCAUAAAGAAAAUGGACAGUUAUGGUUAUAUGCUGAUGUAUGAGACACCAGAUGGCAUGAUAUCAGUUCAGACCAGAAGUGUUGUCCUGACUGUUCCAUCAUACAUUGCCAGUAAUUUGCUACGUUCUCUUUCCAAUGACGCUGCUGAUGCUCUGUCGAAGUUUUAUUACCCACCAGUUGCUGCAGUUUCUAUCUCCUACGCAAUCAAGGGGUUUGGUCAAUUGCAUCCACGUAGUCAAGGAGUCGAGACUUUAGCCCCUCCUGGAAGGGUGCUGCUUCUGAACUAUAUUGGAGGAGCUACAAAUACUGGGAUUACGUCUAAGACGGAGGCAGAUCUUGUUAAAGCAGUUGACCGCGAUCUUAGAAAAAUGCUUAUAAAUCCUAAUGCUGAGGACCCUCAUGUUCUUGGGGUAAGGGUAUGGCCACAAGCCAUACCCCAGUUCUUGGUGGGUCAUCUAGAUCAAUUGGAAGCUGCAAAAUCUUCCUUACGCAAAGGUGGAUUUGAAGGAUUGUUUCUUGGAGGUAAUUAUGUGGCCGGUGUGGCCUUGGGGCGAUGCGUAGAGGGUGCUUAUGAAAGUGCUUCUGAGGUAUCAGAGUUUUUAAGCAAGUGUUACGCAUACAAGUAGCUGAGGAACGAGGAGCUUGAUGCACCCCGUACCUAGGUGAGGUCCACCGCAAUCGAGGAAGUAGUAGUAUUGUUCUUUCCCUUCUGUAGAAGCUGUCUUUAACGCCAUUUCUGUUUGUAUUUGCCUUUAUUCCUUCAAUGUUGGUGCGUAUUUCAACGGUUUGGUAUUCUUUUCGAAAGGAAUAAAGCAGCUCCAGUUUUGUCUUGGAGGGCUCCAGUUCAAACUAAAUGUUCUAAUCCAUACUUUAUCGUUCCUUGUUUUCUCCAGCUGCAGUCAUUUGCAUUCGGUUUGAGCAAGCGUGAUGUAUUUAAUACCUGUUUCUUCCCCUCCACGAAAUCAAACACUUCAGAAUAUUGUGUUCA